AUGCCCUCAAAGACUGUCUCCACAAGCCUGCCGGAAUGGCAGUGGGAGCCUGCUGUGUGGAAUUUCGUGCUGCCGUCCGCCAAUGCAGUAGCAGCAGCAGCUAUCGUCCUGGUGGAUGAAGCUAUCCUGCUGAGUGUGCUUGAUCCUGCGCAGUCGCGGUUUUGCGUCAGUGGGUUCCCGAUGCCGUCUGUGGCUAAAGAGCCAUCUGUCGAGGUCGAGGAAUCGUCAGGUGGUUCUCUGUCGCUCAAGCCGCCAAAGGGACAACUGCAACAUACUCGGCAAUUUGUUUCAUAUUUAGGUACCAGUGAGUAUUCGUCCACAGCAUAG